CCGCCGCCCGCCCGCACGGCCCCAGCAGCUCCAGUCUCACCACAGCACAGCCAGGAUGAAGUCCACUGGCAGCGAGCGCAGCGCGCAGCCCGACGGCUUCACCUCAGACCUGGACGACCUGGACAGCGGCAGCGACAGCAGCGGCGGGAAGUCCACCGGGGACUGCAGCCCCCGCAGAGAGCCGGGGCAGGAGGCGGUGGGUGGAGGUGGAGGUGGAGGAGGAGGAGGAGGAGGUGGAGGUGGUUCCCGUGCCGGUGCGCCGAGACGCAGGAGACGGCGGAGACGCAGCAGCAGCGGCGGAGACGGUGGAUGUGGAGGUGGAGGAGGCGCGUGUCUCGCCGGUGUGAGUAAACAGAGGCAGGCGGCCAACGCGCGGGAGCGGGACAGGACGCACAGCGUGAACACGGCCUUCACGGCGCUCCGCACGCUCAUCCCCACCGAGCCCGCCGACAGGAAGCUCUCCAAGAUCGAGACGCUGCGCCUGGCCUCCAGCUACAUCUCGCACCUGGCCAACGUGCUGCUGCUGGGGGACAACUGCCGGGACGGACAGCCCUGCCUCGGGUACCAGAGCAUCCUGCACGGCACCGCGGCGCUCAGCGCGCCCUCGCUGCGGCCCAUUUGCACCUUCUGCCUCAGCAACCAGAGGAAACUGCUCAGAGAUGGAGGGAAGCACUCAGCUGCAGUGUGAAGCGAAGCGGCUCCGGACAGACGGGGGGCGUCCACCAUGAUGUUGUUUACACGUACACCUGCAGGACUUUGUACAUACUCUAUAAAUAUAUUUAUUUUUUGGAUUAGACUAGGAAAAACAAAAAGAUAUUAACACUGAAAAGCACUUUCUGUUCACACUGGUGCUUCUGGACGUCUGUGUUUUGGUUGAGCUGUAACCUGAGCCGAUGUGUAAAGCUGCACCUGACGGGGGGCUAUUUUGGUCCCGCCAAUAGUACAAACUACUCCCCCUCCACCCCCGUGCCCCACUCCUAAAAAAAAGCCUUGUCGCCUUCAGUCACAUGAAGGAAAGUGAAGAGCAGUUUCUGCAGCGGUUGCUGUCAGUUCAGUGGAGUUAAUGCUGCUUUCAGGUGCCGUCAGACAUGUCGCGAUUAUUUGGGGGCACUUGAAAGGAUCAUUAACUGAGCUGUUGACUCUAGUGGUGAGUGUAGGAACUGCAACUACGCUGACAGAACUGAGCUCCUCUACGUCCCGUAGCGUUUGUUUCACGCAUGUUUGAAACAUUACAAAUCAACGUCUCAGGAGUCAGAACGUUUUAAACAAGGGUUUGUUUCACCACUAGGGGGCGACAUAUGACACUUUGGGGCUUGGGGUCCUCCGACUGUGAAAUUUUGAGCGUCAGACACCGAAUUUCCUGGUGAAUUUUUUUUUUUUUUGCAUCAGUUUUUGCCUUUUCUGCAUCAAUUUAUUUCGUCAAAAUCAAAGUUCUCUGCUACUUUUAUAUUCUUAUUGUGGGGGGACAAAUGCACGUUCUAAAUAUUGAGGGAGAAAUGUCCCCCGCGUCCCCCGAAAUAUACGCAUAUGACUUUGUACCGUACCCUGCAAGUUUGCAGUUUGGGUGCAUUCUAGGUACAAUCUUUGGCUACCUUUGAUUUUACCCAAGUGGUCGCAGGAUUUUUCGUAACGUAACAACAAAUUUUUGUUUCUGUCGAGCUGACUCACACUGUUACGUUGAACUGGUUGUCUUUUUUGGGACAUUCAACCUUGAAAUCAGGGUGAAUUUUAGACACCUGGUUGCAUGUAGAGUUCAUAAAAUGACUCACACUAGAUGCACAAAUUGACACGUAGUUCAACAUUUUUCAACUCGAGCCGAAAACAUGAGCAUAUCUCAGGUGGUUGUAAAUCUAAAAAGACAGCACAGUGUUUUGCUUGCUUUGACGAAAUCAGGGAAAUAAUGCUUGAUCAUGUAAAAAUGUUGCCCUGGUUGGUUUUUAUUUGUUGGAGAGACGCAUGUUUGGGAUCAGAGCCAUUUGACUGGAUUUCGACGACAUUAAUCAAGGCCUGAUAUUUCUUUUAAAGAAAAGAUUGCUGCCUUGAGGCACUGGAGGAAAUCAGGCAUUUGGGAUUUCUAUAAUGGUGACUGAGGAAAGUUUUAACCUGAAGCGCUGCCCUUUAAGGUGCGGACACACCAAACCGACAUCAAAGAACUAGCGGCGACAAAAGCCAACUGUUGCAUUGUCUACGUCGCCUCACGUCGCCCUGUGUCAGUUGAACACACUACACGGACUA